GCACAGAGACGUUUCCCUAGAGUUCAGCCCCCCUUCCUUCAUGCCUUACGGGAACGUGGGCACCCCCCUGAAAGUUUUUCUGGAGCUGAUCCGGGCCUGCAGGCUGCCUCCCCGGAUUAUCAAGAAAUUGCAGCUGGAUUUUCCAAGGACAGGCUCAUCCCGUAGGUAUGGGAAUGUGCCUUUUGAAUACCAGGACACUGAGACAGUUAUAGAAGAAGAAAGAGUUUACACUGCUACAGGGGAUGAGAUCACAGAGGAAGAGGGGCCUGUGGCAAGAUCUGAGGUGACUAGCCCAGCCAGUGCUGAAGAAGAUGAGGAGGAGCAGGAGAAGGAGAAAGAGGAGUUGCACUCGGAUGACGACAAUGAUACUUGUGAGGAGUGGGAGCGACACGAAGCUCUGCACGAGGACGUGACCAAGCAGGACCGUGUGGAGGAGCGGCUCUUUGAAGAGGAGAUUGAGCUGAAGUGGGAGAAAGGCGGCUCUGGCCUUGUCUUCUACACAGAUGCUCAGUACUGGCAGGAGAAGAACGGAGACUUUGAUGAGCAGACUGCAGAUGACUGGGAUGUGGACAUGAGCAUCUACUAUGACAAAGAUGGAGGUGAUAAGGAUGCUCGGGACUCGGUCCAGAUGUGGCUGGAACAGCGACUCCGGGAUGGCUUGGAGGAUGGGUCAGUUUCAGGGCAGCAGAUCGGCACCUUCGAGAGAUACACCAAGGGCUUUGGCAGGAAGGUGCUGGAGCAGCAGGGCUGGACAGAAGGGCUGGGGCUGGGGAGCAGCAACUCUGGAAUGGCUGAAGCUCUGGACAACGAGGGUCAGAAUCCCAGAUGCAAGAGGGGGCUGGGGUACCACGGGGAAAAACUGCCAACAUUCAGCAAGGUGAAAAAGCCCCGGCGGGACGCUCCCAUCCUCAUCUCGACCAUCUACGAUGGCCCUGACCCAAAAGACAGCGGUGACCAGCUGCUCAGGCGCCAGCCACCCACUGCCAUGAAGUACAGGCAGGACAUGGCAUUCGUCCGGUCGUCACAUGGUGCUCUGGAGAGCUUCAGUGCCCAGUCAUGCUGAGCAGAGACUGUCACAGAGCCUUUGUACUGGUUCUGCUCCUGCUGAGCACAGGCUGGCUCCUGGUCUCAGGUUUGGAGCAGGGUGUUCAUAUAUUUAUUUUUGGAAGAAAUAUAGACUUGUAACAAAAAUUGCCUUGGU